UCCCUGCCCGCCGUACGUGUUCGUGUACGCACACGGCGGCUGUACUACCACACUUCAUCCCCGAUUCCCCGUCGCGACGUACCGCACGCCGCGGAGCCGGCCGCCUAUGUAGGCGGCCGCGGCGGCACACUCCGAUCGGCGCCAAGCACAGCACUCCACACUCUCACGCGACGCCGGCAGAGGGUGUACAGCUCGCGCAAGGCCGCCGCGCCAUGAACAUGGGAGGAGGGCACCGCAUGGGCGGCAUGGCGGCCCCGGCGCCGUCCCCGCCGGCCGGGGCGCACGUCGGCGGCGGCGGCAUGCCCGGGAUGCGGAGGAAGCGGUAUGCUCACAUGACCUUCUUCUGGGAGAGGAAGUCCGAGAUCCUCUUCACUGGGUGGCCCGGUGCCGACGGCGGCAUGUACGCGCUGGCGCUCGUGGCCGUCUUCGCGCUCGCGCUCCUCCUCGAGUUCCUCGGCAGCCGCAGGCUGCACGCGCUCCUCCCCGCCGCGCCGGCGGCGGGGACGGGAAAGCGGCGCGCGGCGGCCGGGGGCGCGCGCGCGGCGGUGCACGCGCUGCGGACGGGCGGGGCGUACCUGCUCAUGCUCGCGAUCAUGUCGUUCAACGGCGGCGUGCUCCUCGCCGCCGUGGCGGGCCACGCGGCGGGGUUCCUGGCGUUCAAGGCCGGCCUGUUCGGCGACGGGCGGGCGCGGGUGGAGGACGGGUGCGGCAAGGAGGAACUCGCGCCAGCGGCUUUCUGAUGGGUUUCGCUGCGACGACGACGGCUCCGCUGGUGAUCGACGGGGGUCUGUUUGUCUAGCCUUUUGUGCGGGGUUUGAAUCGUGGGCGCCGCGUGCGAGUGCGAUCGACCGAAUCCAAUAUCCAUGAUGCUGUUUGGCUGAAUCUCUAGGAGGUUAAAAUUCCUGCGGUAGAUAUGAAUCUCUUGGCUGUACUCCGUCGGA